AUGUCGUAUAGAAUCCUCGAAACCCUCACGAAGCGCGCGCCGUCCUGGGGCUGGGUUAUCUACCGCUGUUCCUACAAGGACGAGAAGCUAUGGACCAACUUCCUAUCCGAAUGGGAUAACGCUAUCCACGAAUCUAUUUUCCCUAUCGAGGAAGAAAAAUACCUCCCAUUAAUGGAUCUGAAAAUAGUUGAAGAUCCUUCUCUCGAGGGUGCUAGCAAAGAGUCCAUCUGCGAACGUCACUACGCCUGGGUAAAAUCCGAGGGAUGCGCUGUUGACUGGACUAAAAGACAUAGUGAGGAAAAUAAUUGGUUCCCUUCACCUCGUUAUCAGUUUGCUGUCCAAGUUGAUAGAGCUGCGUUAUUGAGUGCGUCAGUCUAUCGUGGAAAGCCUCCCGGGGAUAGUGUGGGGAAAUCCUAUGCCAAUCUGCUGUUUGCAACGAAGUAUAUGGGUAAUGAAGGUGCUGGGGAGAGAUCUGGGGAUCGUCCCUGGGUGAAUAAUCGGUGGUGGAUGAAGUCGGAGCUAUAUGGGUUGCCUGUAUAUGCGUACCACGAACUGACCACGACGAAGAGGUGGUAUUGGGUGUAUCAGGAACCGCCGCGGAUAGCAGGGCCCCAUGGUGACGAUUACCCGUGA